UCCCCGAUUUGCGCAGACGCAGUAGCUCUGGCAGCACCGGAAGUGCAGGGGGAUGGGCCGGUGGUGACGCGAUUCUGUCCGCGUUGGAGGGGUCGGGCUGCCGCCCGAGUCGCCUUGUCUGCUGAGUGACGUGGCACACCCGGAUCCUUAAAGUCGGAGCCGGUGCACUGCCACGCCAGCUGCCAAACAGUUCUCCGCCCGGCUAGGUCCCGUCUGCGCUGCUGUGCACCCCGUCGGCCUGCGGGUCGUGCUGACGGCCCGCUCUCCCCGGCGGCGCUCCCCCUCCUCUUUCUCGGAGCGUAAGAGGCGAAGGCCCGGGGACGGCGCGGAGCCCUUCUUGUGCCCGUCGCGAGUGCCGCUGCCGCCAUGGGCCUCACCAUCUCCUCGCUGUUCUCCCGCCUGUUCGGCAAGAAGCAGAUGCGUAUUUUGAUGGUUGGAUUGGAUGCUGCUGGCAAGACGACCAUUCUGUAUAAACUCAAGUUAGGGGAGAUAGUCACCACCAUUCCUACCAUUGGUUUUAAUGUGGAAACAGUAGAAUAUAAGAACAUUUGUUUCACAGUGUGGGAUGUUGGUGGUCAAGAUAAAAUUAGGCCUCUGUGGAGGCAUUACUUCCAGAAUACCCAGCUUCAGGAGGAUGAGCUGCAAGACGCAGUGCUGCUGCUCUUUGCGAACAAACAGGAUUUGCCAAAUGCGAUGGCCAUCAGUGAAAUGACAGACAAACUGGGUCUUCAGUCUCUUCGUAACAGAACAUGGUACGUUCAAGCCACUUGUGCUACACAAGGAACGGGUCUGUAUGAAGGACUGGACUGGCUGUCAAAUGAGCUUUCAAAACGUUAAAUGAAACCGGACAUCUAACCUGGGACACGUCUGAUAGAAUUGGUCUAGGCUAUUACGAGGCAAUUAGUUUGCAUUUUGUUAUUAAACAGUAUCUGGGACUGGUUUGGGCAGAAUAUCACAGCGUUUCAACUUAUUUUGUUGCCAAUUAUUAUUUACCAAGUAUGUUGCAUGUUACUUUUGGUGUCAGCCUGACCCUUUGCCCAGUAUAUAAUGGUUCUGCUGAUGUUUUACUGUUUAUUGAUGAACAUAGCUUCAUGAGGAGUUUUUGGAAGACUCAUCAAACUGAGUAAUUUUUCUUCAUAGCCCAUUUGGAAUUAUUCCUAAUAAAAUGAUAAAAUGUAUCAUGCGUCUGUUC